AUGUACAUGACCCCUUUUUAUUUAAUUGUGCAGCCAAUGAUGGAGCCUGGAGAAGAGGUGCCGGAAGGAUGGGGUGAAUGGGACGACGAGAUAGAUGAUAGGAGAGUGAAGUAUAUGGUUGGACUGAUUGAAGGGGGGCAUAGCUUCAAGAAAUCUGAAUGGGGUGGUGGUGAUGCCCAAGAGAAGUUGUAUGAUCAUGAGGCCCAGAUGGCUCUGAAGAAAAGGAAGAGAGAGGUCGCCUGUGUAAAGAAACUAGAACUUGGAGGUCCGCCAUUGAAGCAGAAGCGUUUGAGUACAUACUUUGGGAAAAGGGCAGUUGUUGAUGGAGAAGAAUGCGAGAAGUGUUGUGAACGGAUGGCCAAAUUGGAGAAAACAGUUAGCUGGAUGAUGAAGAGGAUGCCAAGGAGAAAGAGGGGUGGAACAACACCUAAGAAAGAUGUGUUCUUGGGUGGGAAGUCGCUGGGGAAGAGAAGAUUUAAGAAUAGCCCUGGAAAAAAAGAUGAGCCUUUCAUAGCCGAUGACAUUGGGGGUGGGGAGAUUGUUCGAAGUCUUGAUAUCGGUAGGCUUCAUUCAGACGGUGGGAAUGAUGGUGGUGAUGUUUCAGGCGAUGUAAACGAUUUGGGAACAGGUCCUGUUGUGGAAGGAAAAGUUGAAGGGGUAUUUGUGGAUGAGGAUGAAGAAGCGGGUGGUUCUAUAGAUGGAGAAGAAUUUAAGGACAUGGUAGAUGAGGUCGAAGUUAGUGUUGAUAGUGAAGAGAAUGUAGUUCGAGAGGAUGAGAAGGUAGGUGUUGAUGUUGUGGAGCCUAGUGGGGAAGUGGAUGUUGAGGGAAGCUCGUCUGAAGGCAAUCCUGAUGUACUUGCACCACUGAAGGAAGGUGAUGGGGUACCCAUUCAGUGGAUUGAGCAGGGAGUGAGUGGGUUAAGGGGGACUGUACUUUAUAGAGCAACCACUGCCAAUACGUUUUAUGUUACUGAGGAUGAGGUAUGUUCCUCAGCGUUGGGGUUGUCGAGUGUUGGAGUUUCUAAGUCCACAGAUGUUAGUGUUUCGUCUCCGGGUCCCUGUACUGAGACGGGGGAGGGGGUUAAUGAUGAUGAUGUGGAGAAGACUCCAUCUGAAGAGAAACCGCUGGAAGGGUCGACAGGUUUGGAGUUGCAAUGUACAGGAGUUCCUAAGAUAACAGAUCUUAGUGAUUCAUCUCCGUGUCCUCGUUCUGAGAAGCAUAGGCCUGCAGAAUCGGAAGCGAAUCUGGCUUCUUUAUUAUUGGCGAAAGAACCAUUCACCCUUGCUCAGAUAGUUCCGUCUGUGGAAGACGCAGACUACAGUUAUUUUGAGAAAGUCUUGCUGGAGAAUCCGAAAGUGUUGCACCUUGGUGCGGGUAAAUAUGAUUUGGACAAUCAGUUUUUUCUGGACCUUGCGGCUUCGCAGAAGUGGGUUUCAAGCAAGUUUAUUUGA